AUGGACUUGUCUUCGUUGUAUGGAAGCGCCUCGGCGACGUUUCAGUCUAUGCCUGUGGCAUACAAAUUCCUCUCUGCAAUCCUGGUUGUUUAUGCUUUUAACAAGGUCUUUCUGAGGUCAAAAAAUUAUCGAUUUAGAGCCUUGCCAGCUUACGCACCAAUUGAGCUUGCUAUUGCUGGUUACGUCCUCAGCGGAGAUGGUAUCGGUCGACGUAUCCUCUCGGCUAUAAGCCGUUAUGGAGGCUCUCUUUUCGGCGUCACUUCAGGACAUCAAAUCCUCGCCGAAUUACCGGGCGUUGAUCGCUUGAUGACCCAGUCUCAUCAAAUUUUCACCUCCGGCCCAGCACAAUAUUCGCUCUGCAUACUUGUCUUCGGCAGUAUUGAUUCUCUAGACCUACAAAAUAAGUUUGAUAAAACUGCCAAGGACCUUGUUCCUCCUCUGGAGCGUACAUUCCUCAACGAUGCUGCGUCUACAGCCGCGGUUGAAAGGUCCCGUGUUGCCGAGCGCGGUGCAUCGCUUGUUUCAUUCUCAUCCGACAUUGAACACAUGGCUAGAUGGGAACUCUCUGCUGGUAUCAAAGUGAUUCAACCUCAGACAUCUGAUAGCCCUGGAAAGGUGGAAGCAAACAUGCAGAGCUUAUUCCGUGAUUUUGGAGCUUGCAUGUCUAUUCCUGUCAUCUACGGUCAAGAUUUACUCGAUCGCAACCCUCAGAUUCUCGAUGACUUCUGGGUCUUUGAUAACGAGCUAUUCCCUCUAUUGAUGGUUGGUGUUCCCUCAUGGGCGCCGUUCACGAUGAUGCAGGACGGUCUCAAGGCGAGAGCUAGAAUCAUCGAUAGUCUUGAAGGUAUCUUCCGCCGGGUGGAACAAGAACGAAAAGGAGAACCUAUCGACUUUGGUGCCGAUUUAUCAGAUGUCAGCACUAUGCUACGCGAGAGAAACAGUUUAUACAGUCGAGAUGACUGGUCAUUUCCUGAACGCGCUGCUGCAGAUCUUGGUACUUUCUGGGGCCUCAACGCCAAUACCCAACCUGUUCUCUUUUGGUUUUUGCUCUAUGUUUAUUCGACCCCCGGCUUGGUCGAGCGGAUCAGAGAAGAGAUUUCGUCCUAUAUCAAGUUGUCCGACGGUGAUGGACCAGAGAUUCUAUCGAUGGACUUCCCAAGCUUGUUCCGUAAGUGUCAGCUUUUCAAGGCUUGUAUCUUCGAGACAUAUCGAUUAGUCAACGAACCUACUUCGAUUCGCUAUGUUGCUCAGCCAGUCAGCGUCAACGAUGGAAACGUAACACAUGACCUCAACCAAGGAACUUACAUUUCCGUUCCUCACGCUUUGAGGAACAAGGAUCCAUCAUUAUACGAAGAUCCCGACACUUUUGUUCCCGACCGCUUCCUCGAGACAGAUCCUGAGACAGGAAAGUCAACUGCAAAAUACGGAAAAUUGAAGCCCUGGGGUAUCGGAGCUGCUAUGUGCAAGGGACGUACUUUUGCGGAGAAGGAGAUAGUUUCUCUUGGAUCAGCUGUUAUUAGUCUCUGGGAUAUAAGUCCCACGGGUGGAGAGUGGACGUUGCCUGCCAUGAUUCCUGGAACUGGAGUUAAGAAGCCAGUCAAAGAUGUACGUGUGGUGAUACAGAGACGGGUGAUGUAG